AUGGCGUCCAUGGCGGCAUCUCUGCUCUCUGUCCUGGCCCUUUUCUGCGCCUGCAUCUUGGCCGGCCAUCACGACCACCACCAACAGCACCGCAAUGCGACGUUUGGCCUAUUCGCCUUGAACCGGACCCUGCAAGGGCGUAUACACGCCGUCGAGCCGCUCGCCCGACCAUGCUUCUCCAGCUUCGAGGGCGAGCCGGUGCCACGCGACGAGGCGCUCUGCGCGGAGCGCCAAGCCAACUACAACAGCCCGCUAUAUCGGCGGGAGCUUCCCGGCGGGUACAUGUACGAUACGUCGACCAUUGACGCCUCCGACCCCACGUCCCGCGAUCGGUGUCUGCUCGACUCGACGGACCCGAGCAACCCCGUGGCGUGGCGCGACGCCGCCGACUGCAGGCUCGGCAACCUGCCGUCGUGGUACCUGGUCGUCCGCUCGGCGUGCGAUGCUGUCAAGGCGUUCAAGUACGCCAGACGCUUCGGCAUCCCGCUGUCCAUCAAGAACAGCGGCCAUACCUACCUCGAGGACGCCGGCGCAAAGGGCUCCUUGGUGCUGUGGACACGAAAGCUGCAGAAGCUGCGCCACCACGACGAGUUUGUGCCAAGGGGAUGUUUUGGCGGGGAUGCGCACCGCGCCAUCACGACCGGUGCGGGCGUGGGCUGCGGCGAGGCCUACGAGUUUGCGGACAGGCACAACGCCACGAUACUCUGCGGCUACUCGCCCACGGUCGGUGUCUCGGGCGGGUGGGUGAUGGGCGGCGGCCACUCGAUCCUGACCAACGUCUACGGCUUGGGCGUCGAUCGCGUGCUGCAGUUCAAGGUCGUAACGCCAGACGGCAAGCUGCGCGUUGCGAAUAAGUGCCAGAAUGCCGACCUGUUUUGGGCUCUCCGCGGCGGUGGCGGCGGGACCUACGGCCUAGUUCUCGAGUCCACGCACAUGGUCGAGCCGAAAAUGGCCAUGGCUGUGGCGGUUGUGCAGCUUCCAACAUCAGACUCGCAACUCGUGGCACGGUUCAUGGACCUGCUCGUGGACACGGCGAUUGAGCUGGCGGAAGACGGCUGGGGCGGCCACAUUUACGGCACGCAUUUCGUCUACGUCAGUCCGCUCAUUACCAGCACUGAAAAGGCAAAACGAUCGCUGCACAAAGUCGUCGAAUUUGUGGCUUCAGUCAACGGCACCUCGGACAUCGCCGUGUCUGAGAGCUGGUACCAAUUCUUCCAGGACUAUGUGCUGAGCGGAGUGUACGCCGUCGGCAACCUGCAGUUGAUUGGCACGCAGCUGGCGCCCGUCGACUUGUUCACGAGCGACGCCAAGAAGGACCAGCUCAAGGCGUUUUUCCGCGACGAGCUCCGAAGAGGCAACAUACCUUAUGUCCCCGUCGACUCUCCAUACCUAGCGAGUAGAGGGGACCGCCGACCUACCGACACGUCAGUCCUGCCGGCAUGGUACGAUUCGCUCUGGGAGAUUGGCGUCGGCGGCCGCUUCACGUGGAACAGCACUCUUUCAGAGAGACAAGCUGUGGUUCAGGACUUGCAAGACGGAAGCAGCCGUGUUGCCAAGCUCACGGGCGGCUUUGCCUACAAAAACGAGGCAAAUCCUUUUACAAAAGACUGGCACCACGACUGGUACGGUAGACACUACAACGCCUUGGAAGAAAUCAAGCGUCAGUAUGAUCCUCACAGCAUUCUUAAAUGUUGGGGCUGCGUCGGGUGGACAGAGGAGGAUGCAGCGGCAUCCAAUUACGCAGCAUUUACGAACAUUAGCGCGCAUGAAAUGACUUGA